AUGCUGAGAAGAGAGACGAGACCAGACAGCGGCGGCAGGCCGCGGAGAGUGCGGUUCCGGAUCGCCUCGUCCCACAGCGGGCGGGUUCUGAAGGAGGUGUACGAGGACGGGCAGCCCCCGGGCUCCCUGGAUUCCGAGUGUGCCAGCGUCUGCGGGCUGGAUGGGCUCAGUGACUCUGACGGACAGCCGGACGGCCGCCUGGGGUCGGAAGGAGACCCGCACGAGAGCGACCAGGACAGCCUGCUCGUGCUGGCCAGGGCCGCCAGCGAGAGGGCUUUCGGCACAAGGAGAGUCAACAUCCUAAGCAAAAACGGCACGGUCAGAGGGGUGAAAUACAAAGUGCGUGCAGGCCAAGCUCUGUUUAACAACCUGACCAAAGUCUUGCAGUUUAGCUUCAUCAUCAUCAUCAUCAUCAUCAUCUUCAUCAUCAUCAUCAUCAUCAUGCGAAUAUUCUCUGAUCUCUCCAGGACAAAACCUCAGAAAGCGCGUACCCCGGAAAAUACACGACCAACCCAUAAAAUAAGCCCCAGCAAGAUUUCUAAGCAUGGUCGCCAUAGAACCGCGUACUCCCGAAAUAAGCCCCAGUGCACGGGCGUGGCUAUGAAACAGGCCUGUGAUCGGUGCUAUGAAAACGCUAGGUCGUGGGUGGCUAUGAAAAUCAGCCCUAGUCGAUGGGCGUGGGCUGAUGGCCAGCGCAUCUGCACAACCGAUGCGGUGUCGUCGAGAGCGGAAAGAACACGAGCAGCCUUCUCAUCCGCCCCGUGA